UUCAAAAGAAGUCUGUCUUCUAGGGGGAAUGCUAUUCUGAGAGCUGGGUUGGAGUAUAAAAGGCCAUGUCAGGGAGGAUAUUUUUGAAUUGAUAAGGGACUUUAGAAUGCUCAGGGAAAAGUUCCAUUAAGCAAUUUUAGAAGAAAACAUAGGUUUUAAAGGAGAGUGUCAUUCUAACUUGGAGCUGAACCACUAUGAUUUGAUCUUUAAUUUAAUAACAACUCACAAUAUUUUUCUUAACAUUGCAAUUUAAUUUAAUAGCAUAUUUAAUAGCAAAUUGCAAUUCUUUUUCUUAAAAAAAUUUUUAACAUUUAUUUAUUUUUGAGAGACAGAUCAUGAGCGGGAGAGGGGCAGAGAAAGAGGGAGACACAGAAUCCAAAGCAGGCUCCAGGCUACGAGCUGUCAGCACAGAGCUCAACGUGGGGCUUGAACCCAUGAACCUUGAGAUCAUGACCUGAGCCGAAGUUGGACACCCAAUUGACUGAGCCACCCAGACACCCCUGCAAUUCUUUUUCUUAACAUCAAGUUAAGAAUGACUAUCCAUAUAGUAAAAAGUAUGGCUUCAAAUUUACCUGCUUCCAAUAAAUCCACAAAAUCUGACAGGAAUACAUAUGUUGGAGCCUUUAUCAUAUCAGCAUUUCAGAAGGUGCUCCUCUUACCCAUCCCAAACAGAGUUUGCGUUGGUGGGAGCCCCAACACAAUGAAAGAGUUUGCACUCCUUAUGCGCAAGGAGCUCGACUUGGAGGAGAGUGGAGAGGACAGAAAGAACGUCUGAGCCGGGACAGACAGAUCUUGCAGGGACAGAACUUCUCGCCUUUUAAGUGCGUCUCAUGGCAUUGGCAUUCCCUCCAUUUUUAUUAUGCGUAUGCUUCACGAACUCAUCAAAUUACUGCACCAUGCCCGGUGCUGUGAUGUUACUGUUAUCAGAACUGGUACAUUAGGGAGAAUAGCAGCUGGGGCCACAGACUCCUUCCUUAAGCCCUGGCUUGAAUAGGUAAUCUCGGACCAUACCACCACCUGAAGUGCUGAACUUGACAAAGACCUGGCUGAGGAGCUCCUCAACUAUGGUAAAGGGACUUCCCACUUCCCAAUCUUCAUCAGACAUGCAGACAUCAAGCCACUAAGUGUUCUCCAUUCUCUUUCAGGCCAGGGUCUACUAGAUGGAGCGCUGUGGUCCUUUUCCAGAGAAGAAAAGUUUCACUGCUUGAAGAGAGCACAUAAAGCCGGCAUCAGGAAUACUGAAACGGAAUCUGCAGUGUCCUUGGCUACACGUAGAAAUUGUGAUCUAAAACAGCAUGAGCAGGGGAGGGUCAGGGACAGAGAAGGACAGAGGAUCCGAAGCGGGCUAUGCGCUGACAGCAGAGAGCCGAAAGUGGAGCUCAAACUCAAGAACCACGAGAUCACGACCAAAGCCGAAGUCGGACGCUCAAAUCAGCCAUUCAGGUGCCGUUUUUAUAUAUUUUUAAUCAAGGUGAGCCUCUAUCAUUCCAGCACCCAGCAGACAAUCAAGAACCCAUGGCUGCAGCUGGACCUCCUGGAGAUGACAGCAUGGUCCUUACACCAGCAAGAGGAUGGGAAGCACAAGUGUUACCUGCUCUUCCAACUGCUGUGGUGUGUGACAUGUCUUGACAGACUUAAAUGUGACCAGAUCAGCUUGCCCCAUGGUGUUUUAGCAAAGUAACGGCGACAGCCUUAGCCCCUAAUCUCCAGCUUCAUCAGACAGCAGCUUAGAUUUCAGGACCAGAUGUUAUAACUAUGCAGCCUGAUCCUUCCCUGCAAGUUUGGGUAGUUCAAACUGUAGUGUUAAAGUCAUAUAUUAUUUGUGACAUUUUUAUAUGGGUCUCAUCAUGUGCUAAAAUUGUAAUAGAGUGGUUUUAUAAAACCCCUUUCUGUUGAAAAUUGAAUUUAUUGUAAAAGAAUUUAAUACUCACAUUAAAUCGAAUUCAAAUUUCAUCUUGGAAUAAGUUAACUGAGUUAGUCUAAUAAUUAAAAAUUUAAAACUCCUGGAUUGUAACAUUUGGAGUUUCAUAUGCAGCAUUAAUUAAGCUCACAUCAAAAUAGAUUAGCCACUUGUAGAUACGGUUACCAGUCACUCUGUUUCUGAAACCAAUCCAGAAAUGUUGGAACAUUGUCAGGCACUUACUAGGUGUUGGACAAGUGACAGAAAUUGAUCAUGCACAUUUAGAAUAUUUACAGGAAAAAAAAAAUGUCAGUGUAAUGUAGGUCUAUAGCGAAAGCUACCCUUCAGGAAAUGUGAUCACACUUCUUUUCUGCCCCCCACCCAACCCCCUGCCCCACCUGCAUGAUUUCAGUACACCACAGAAUAGGAUUAGAGGCUUAUGUUUGCCUAUGUUUGCGAUUUUAUCAUGGAAUAGAAUGACUCUAGACCACACAUUUAUAUGAAGAUGAAAACCCCAGGUAAUGCAGAGAAUGAUCCUCAUUUUUUUUUCAGAACUCACAAAUAACUAAAUUGCCUUCUAGUAAUUUUCUUUUCUUUUGAGAAAAUGUGUUUCAAGGAGGCUAUAUUUUUAAAUCUCAUUUCAAUAUUAACUUGAUUGAAUAGGCUGAGGAAUUAGUAACAACUGAGUUUAGACUUGAGUUCAAGAUGUUAGGGGCGCCUGGGUGACUCAAUCGGUUAAGCAUCUGACUCUCGGUUUUGGCUCAGGUCGUGAUCCCAUGGUUGGUGGGUUAAAGCCCCAAGUAGGGCUUUGCACUGACAGUGUGGAGCCUGCUUGGGAUUCUCUCUCCUCCUUUCCCUCUGCCCCUCGGUCACUCUCAAAAAAUGAGUAAAUAAACAUUAAAAAAAAGAUGUUAAAGUUGUCAUUUUGUGUGGCAAUGCUUUGUAUGAGGUGCUACUACCUGGGAAGUUUUUAAAGCCUACACACUUAGACGUUGGGAAGCGUGGAUGGAGGAUGGCUGACAUGCUUCUACAGUGUAUGUCGUGUAUAGAUACUUAUAUGCUUGUGGUUCAAGUAAAGUUUAAUUCCAUAAUAAAGAUUAUUUGCAUCCUGAAACUAUUGCCUCAUGAGUGACAGAGUGGAGGCACAGGGUGGGCUUCUCUAUUGGUGGUCAACAUGGUCUAGCCUGGUUGAAUCUAAAGGGGUCUGCUCCUGCUCAGAAAAAGGUUUUCUCUUUUUUUUUUUUUUGUAUUUUUUCUGUAUUUAUUUUUAAGAUUUUAUUUUUAAGUGGGGUGCCUGAGUGGCUCAGUUGGUGAAGCAGCCAACUCUUGAUUUCAGCUUGGGUCAUGAUCUUACGGUUCAGGAGUUCGAGCCCCACAUCAGGCUCUGUGCUCACAGCAUGGACCCUGCUUCAGAUCCUCUUUAUGGCCCUCUCCCACUAGCACUCUCUCUCUCUCUCUCAAAAAUAAAUAAAUGUUAAAAAAAUUUUUUUAAGAUUUUAUUUUUAAGUAAUCUCCACACCCAACAUGGGGCUUGAACUCACAACCCCAAGAUCAAGAGUCACUCGCUCUACCAGCUGAGGUAGCCAGGUGCCCCAAGGAUUUUCUCUUUUAAUCAGUGACAAUAAACAACAUCCUGUGAGGUGCAUCCAU